GCUGUUUGUUGUAUCUUCUUAAUUGGUCGAUGUUGCGUCGUACUAUUCGGCUGCACAAAAAAGUAAAAUUAACAAGUUCUCAGUAAAAUAAACGGAUUUUUUCGGGAUUAAAUAGUUAAAGUUAUGAAUAUACCCCAGUGGCAGACAAUACCAACGCUGGUACUAGAGCAAAUAUUCGACUUUCUUGACUCGCGAGACCGCAGAGCUGCGGCCAAUUGUUGUUGGGCAUGGCGACAACAUUUCUUUCAAAGACGCUACUUUAGGAACUUUCGCUUUCACAUUGACGUGGCACAGGAUGACCAACUGUCGUUCUUCCAUCACAGCAUGUCCAAUCUGGCCAAGGAGCUGGUUAUAGUCUUCGAUUUUCACAAUGCGUUUCACAUUCAAAAGAUUCGUGGGCUGCUCUACAAAGCGGCACGCUGUGAUAAUAUUCGAGCCUUGCGUUUCCAAACCAACAAUGUGGGCCUUGUGGCUCCUGGGAAUACACACAGCGAGCUGCUGGUGGCCAUAGAACAGUGCUUUGUGGAGCCGCUAAAGAUGUUUCUAAGUCGCAAGAAUCAGCCAUGUCAGACAUUGGAUUUGGGUGCCAUUGAAGCGCUUACGUAUUAUGGCCAUGACUUUCUCAAGGCCAUGGUUAAGCCACAGGAGCUGCUGCAAUUAACGUUGGCCAGCAUUAAAUACGAUCCUAAUCAUUAUCCCAUACUGGAGUUGGACACAACGCUGCUGCAGAAAUGUGCCUCUCUACAGGUGCUCUCCCUGGACUAUGAUACGCUCAGUGACGAGCUGUUGCACACUAUACAGGUGCUGCCACUGCGUAAGCUGCUCAUUGUUGUCCAUGGCUUGGAUCGUGAUGAGCACGCAGGAGUAUCGGAUGCUGCCUGGGCGAAUUUUUCAAUGCAUUUCACAAAUAUCGAACUGGUGCUAACGCUGGUGUACGCCUAUGAGGCUGUUGAACUGUUGGUCAGUCGCAUCGUUGGCGAUCACAUGCCCGUCACACACAUACGCAUUCUGUUCUGUGAGUUCAUGAGCCACGAAGCUGUUGACGGUAUGUCCAUUGCCAACAGCGACACACUGCGCAGCAUCUAUUACAUUGACUCGGGCAACAAUCGCGGCCAUAGCAAUUACUUAAGCAACAUCCGUGGACAGGAUGCCUUUGUCAUGUUGGCCUGGCGCUGCAAGCAGCUUGAGGAGAUCGUUGUACACGGCCAUCCAAUGGAUCCGCAUAAUCUUCUAGGUAUUGCACGCCUGCGCAGUCGUCAGCUGCGACGUGUGGAAGUGUCCCAAAUCAAUUGGCCAAAUGGUGAACCGCAGUGCGCCUUUAAUGAUGAAAUGUAUAAGCUGUUGGGACAACGAUGGACUCUUCUGAAAUACGAUCAGCUGCCGGCUGCUCUUGGUGAUGGUCCUGUGUAUUGUGAGGAGCGGGAUGAGUUCGUCUACGAGUUGUUGCGUCGCGAUCUGACGCUUUAAAGCACAAAAAAAGAAGAAAAAAAACUAAACAAAAAAACCAAAUAUCGAAUUAAGCAACGUCAUGCGAAAAGCAACAUCAACAACAAUUAGAGCAAAACAACAUGACACGUGAUCAAAUCGAGCGCAUAGAAAUUUGUAGCGUUUAGUAGACUAGUUCAAAGUUAAACAGAAUAACAAAAAAAAUACGAACACACGAAAGUAAAAACACAACUAAAAGAUAAAUCAAUCAAUAGACUUUUCGGUUAAGUUAUAAAACAAUUUUGAUAUGCAACAUUCAAAGAACUUAUAAUUGGCGAGCCUUUAUACAACUUAACAAUAUUAUUCUUGACUAUGUUUAACUUUUGUAAACUAGAACUUUAACUUUUGUUCGGCCACACAGCAAAGAUUGAAGAAAUGUAAGCGUAAAGGCAAAAGAAAAAGACUUGAACACUUCAAAAUGCAAAAGCAAGCGUUAAUGCGAAUUGUAAACAAAAACAAACAAACAAACAAAACGAUCUGUUUGUUGUAAACAACGUAGAAAAACAUCAAUUAGCGAAUAUAGGGAAAGUGGGUAGGGGAGAUGGGAGAGAAGAAAUAGAUGAACAUCAUUUUAUAAGCAACAACAACUGUGAUUUAAACAAAAUGCAAGCAAAGCAAACGCAAAGCCAGUUACAGCAGCAGUAGCAACAACAAAAAAAAUCAACAAGAACAACAGCAAACAAUUAUUAAGCAAAUUGUCUAGUUAGCUAAGUUAGCUAAGUAAAAUAUAAACAAAAACAUACAUGUGUUGAAAAUGUUUGUAAACCAAAAGCAAAACAAAAGAAAUCGAUAAAAUGACCAAUAUCAAAUUGUUAGCUCAAUCAAUUGGCAGAUACAAACAAAUUGUUAACUUUUGUAAUAUGAGAAAUAUGUAAUGUGAAAUUGGCGCUAAAUUGUGAUAAAAAGAAAAAAUAUAAUAACAACAAAUGUAACGACAACAACAACAUGACAAAACGUACAGUCAGCCAAUUAUGAAUAUCAAUGCAAUUGGUUUAAAUCGUACGCAAAGCGCCAUCAUUUGUGUAGUCUUCAAAGUGAUAUUAGCAGCUUAUAUGUAAAGCAAACAAACAGCAUAUUGUAAACAACACACGUCUAUAUAUACAUACCCAAGAGUAUAUAUACAUACAUAAGACAAUUAACUGACGUGUGUUGUCAACUUGAUAUAAAAAAAAAACGAGACAUGCGUUAGCCAGAAUCUAAACAAUCCAAUUCGAUAAUGUAAAACCGAUUUAAUCAAUCAAUUAUCCACUUGAGUAUUUUGUAGCAACAGGCAUUCAUUUAUACAAUCAUCUACUAUAUUUUAAUUAUGUUUGCACAAAAUCAAAUGACAAACAACUAAAAAAUAAAAGCAGCGCAGUUAGGAUAAAACAGACAACUGUUGUUAGGAUAGUUGCCUCGAGCACGAGAACAACAACAACAACAACAAAACGGUACCUGAAGAUCACUUUGAGCAUUUAGCUAACAACUCACAAACAAAUGAGGAGAAUUGCUCAAAUUAAGCUAUCUAACAAAAUAAAUUUAUUAAAAAAACGAAAGACUGACAACAAAAGCGUUGCAAUUGCUCAUUGCUGGAGCCGAGGCAACUAUUCAACAUAGAACAACAACAAAAACAACAAACAACAGCAGCGAUCUCAAUGACAACUCUUUAACACUAUUCAAAACUAAAACUAUGCAUGUAUUUUUGUUAUAAACUUCAAUAGCGAAUAUUAAUUUGUAAACAAAAGAAAGAUGAGAAAAAAGAGUGCAAAUCAUGUGUAAUAAGAAGCAAUCUAAAUGUGUGUCUAUAUAUAAAUAUAUAUUUGUGUGUGUACAUAGUUUAUAUAAACGAAACAACCAACAAAUGUAAUUAAGUUAAGCCUAGUACAUACCAACAACAACAACAACAACAAGAAACAAACAAAACAACAACUAAAUGUGAUAAACGUGUCAUGCUGCUUCCAAUAAAACAACAAACACAAGAGAAGAGCACCAAAGAGUCCCUCAAAAUGAAA